CAUGAGUUUCCUGGAAGUGGCAGAGUUAGCUACCAGACCUCUCUGAACUUCGCACUUCCGGCUUCCACCUGUUGUAGGAAGACAUCAAAUCUCCGUUCCUCUCAAAUUAGUCGAGGAUAACAUUAUGAAAAUCGACCUACUAUACGAUAAUUGUCGUGAAACAUGGCCCAAAGCCGUGUGCGCGUUUGCAAACGUUUGCGGCUACAUCAGCUGCAUAAUCUGGCUCGUUGUUUUGGUGCCACAAAUAUGGAAGAAUAGGAAGCGUCGAUCUGUCGAGGGACUUAGCAUUCUUUGGGCCACUGCGAACUUCACAGCCUCGCUGGUAAACGGGUUCUUCGCUUUUUCUGUUUCGUUGCCCGUGUAUAUCAGAGUAUUAGCGGUAUAUAUGCCCAUUUUAGAGUUUGCCAUAUUAGUACAGUUUUGGCUCUAUUCCAAGCACGCUCUGAGGAUGAAACUAUCCUACCCGGUUGUCUGUUUUCUAAUCUGGAUCGCAGUGAUCAUGUUAGAACUCUUUGUUGCCGAUGCCGCGGAAAAUGUGCAGUGGUUGGCAAUCGUUCUGUGGUCUAUUGAGUUAUUUCCGCAGAUUAUCUUGAAUAUGCGUCUUCGCACAACGGAUGGUCAGUCCCCAGUCUCGGUUGAACUUACACUUGUUGGUAAAACCACUGAUUUCUUGGCAACUUAUCUUCUGCUUUUACCACUACAAAAUGUUGUCAUGAUUUAUUUUUCAAGUACCACGGCUUUUAUCAAUGGAAUACAGGUUAUAUGGUACCUUAAGCUUCAACCGAAAACAUACAGCAACCACAGGAGUCCGGACGAGGAUGCACUGGAAGUGAAUGACUGCGAACAAGUUCCCCUGACGGCUGACGAGGAAAGCUCAGUGGAAGAAGUCGACCGAGGAUCAGUGGACGAAAUGGCCUCCGUUUGCACAUUUGUGGGACCGAAUUUCGAAUCUCUUGCUAGAUUGCGCGAUAUUCCGUCCUCUUAUCGGGUUUUCUUACUGUUUCUUUUGCUGGCUGAGGUGGUUUUCAGCGUGUGCAUUUGUGUGAACACGAAGGGUGCGCUGGGAAUUUUCGCGCCAGUUUCGGUUGCGGUCGUUCUUUUUGGCGCGUUUUUGUAUAGGAAUUACCGCGAGGGCCGGUUGCAGUAUGUCGACUCUGCAAUGGCGUGGCUGAAUAGCUGCUGCACCGAUCAACCGGUGCAGUCCACGUGGCUCACUCGUGAUACAAUUGGUUGCCCUUCUUUGACUCACACUAGCCGAAUUCAUAGACGGAAAAUCGUCUGAGACGGGAGACUGAUCACAAGAUGCUGAACUGGUUUAGAUCAUACCUUGAAAACUGUCGUCAAUCAAUAAUUAUUAGAGAUCAAG